AUCCGACAUCUACAUACGCCAAAGAAAACUCAUUCGUCCAGCAUGCCUCGUCAAUCUCGAUCCCGGCCCGCUGCUCGACCUGCGGCACCUGCUCCGUCUGCACAGCAAAGUCGGGGUGCUCACACUGCUGCCGCUCCGUCAUAUGGAGGAAGCGUUCCUCAGAAUCCCUCUGCGGCACCACCCUCAGCUGCUCAAGCUAGAUCUCGCGAACCAGGCUUGCUUACUCAGAUGGCAGCGACAGCAGGUUCAGUAGCCGUUGGCUCUACCAUUGGUCAUGGUCUAUCGAACAUGCUCUUUGGUGGUUCCAGCCAUCCCCCGGCACCUGUCGCGGAGGCUCCUCCAGCCCCUCAAAACUACCAGACCUCGCCCCUAGCUGUGAUGUUCAAGCUCGGGGUCAACUUUACGCGGUGCUUGGAAACCAAUGACGCUUCACAAUGUGGCUGGUUCUUGGAAAAGUUGAAAGAGUGCCAAGCUGUCUCCCGUCAAUAUUAGAUUUAAGCAUUUAUCAAAUGCGGGAUUAAAUGAAAAUUUACACAGAACCCCUGUCCCAACUUUUAUGUAGAGUGGCAAAAAAUUGCAUGUCGACAAAUACCUGGUACAUACAUAUCACGCGACUUUACUAUCGUCACAAGAACACGCCAGAAUUUAUCUCGUCUUACCAUGCC